CACACACACACACGCUGCCCCCACCUGAUGGCCACUCAAUAAAGAGCGUGCGUUUCCCCCCCAUGCUAGAACAAGUCUGCAGACACACAGCACACAAGGGGUGGGUCAUUAAUAACUAAUUACCGCAGGUCAGAGCCUAACGCACAUAUAAAGCCCACGGGAGCCGCACAACAGCAACACUUCCAGCACUGCGCUCCGCCAGCACAGACCCACACACCGAGCUUAGACACAGAGCUCUCAAAAACAAACAAACAACAAAAAACAGAGAUAUAGGCAAAUUAUUAUUAUUAUUAUUUUUAAAUAUCAGACCUGCUGUGUAACUGAUUUAUUUCCAGAUAAAGGACAUUUUACAGUUAAGGGUGUUACAUCACAGUGAGAUUAGAAAUCAUGGGCUCCGUGUUGCCCGCUGAAGCGCUGGCCCUGAAGGCUGGAUUUAAGCCGCACACACUGGCUCUGUCAGACAUCAUCACCUCCGACAUCCUGCACAGCUUCCUGUACGGCCGCUGGAGGAACGCGCUGGGGGAACAUCUGCUCGAGGACAAGAGCAGCGCCGCGGGACCCAAAACCGCCUUCACCGCCGAGGUGCUGGCGCAGUCGUUCUCCGGAGAGGUGCAGAAGCUGUCAAGCCUUGUGUUGCCCAGCGAGGUGAUCAUCGCACAGAGCUCCAUCCCUGGUGAAGGUCUUGGCAUCUUCUCCAAGACAUGGAUCAAGGCAGGCACUGAGAUGGGACCCUUCACUGGCAGGAUCAUUGCACCUGAACACGUAGACCUCUUUAAGAACAACAACCUCAUGUGGGAGGUUUUCAAUGAGGAUGGGACAGUGCGCUACUUCAUCGAUGCCAGUCAAGAGGAUCAUCGCAGCUGGAUGACCUACAUCAAAUGUGCUCGGAAUGAGCAAGAGCAGAACCUAGAGGUGGUGCAGAUUGGAAGCAGCAUAUUCUACAAAGCAGUAGAGACAAUACCACCGGAUCAGGAACUGCUGGUAUGGUAUGGAAAUUCCCACAACACAUUUUUGGGUAUUCCUGGGGUUCCUGGCAUAGACGAUGAGCAUCAGAAGAAGCAUAAAAAUGACGAUUUCCACGUAUGUGACACGUCGUCGUCCGGCACGUCCCUGGGCACGGUAGGCCGCAUGCGCUGCGUGAUCUGCCACCGCGGCUUCAAUUCACGCAGCAACCUGCGCUCACACAUGCGCAUCCACACACUCGACAAGCCCUUCGUCUGCCGCUUCUGCAACCGCAGGUUCAGUCAGUCAUCCACGCUGCGCAACCACGUGCGCCUGCACACUGGCGAGCGCCCCUACAAGUGCCACGUGUGCCAGAGCGCCUACUCACAGCUGGCAGGCCUGCGUGCGCACCAGAAAAGCGCAAGGCACCGUCCUCCCAGCGCCGGGCCCGUGGUGGGGCUGCAGACCCCCUCACCUCCUCCUCCUCCUCAGAUGGCAGCGGUGCCUCACCCGGCCUCGCUGGUGCACCACAUCCCCACCAUGGUGCUAUGAGGUGUGAAAGUGUCCCUCUGCUUUCAAACUUUACAGCCGCGUAGAGCACAUGGCGCUGUCUGAAGUUACACAUCCUCUCAGUGGAUGCUGUGUUGUUCAAGCUCCUGGCUGUGUGCUGGAGACUCGGUGUACUUGAUGCACAGGGCUGAGGAGCUCAGGGUGUGACAGUACUGACAUGAGCAACAGAGUGCGGUUUUGUACGUAUAUUGUGUUGAAUGCUCAGAGGCACAAAUAGCAGGGAGUUCUGAGUAGAAGCCUUGAGUCUACUGAUAUCUGUUAUAUGUGGCUCAUCCAUGAGCGAGCAAUGUCAAUGAGGUGGUCAGUCAAAGUGUGUAAUCGGUUAAUCUUUGCAUGCAAAAUUGUUACAGUGUAACAAUAAUAGCCACUUUUUUUAAUAAAACCUCAAAGAAUGCACAUGAGGCUGCUGUUGUGUAUCAGUGAACAUGGGGACAGGGCAGAAAGGAGUGCAUUUCAAGCCUCACUGGCCCCACCUAUUGACCUGCAUGUCACCUCCAGUGAGUAAAGUUCAGGAGCACAAAAUUGUAAAUUAUCUGUGUAAGGUUUGUAAAGUAAUGUGAAAAUAAUUUUAAAAUCUACUUCUGCAACUUACUGAACAGUCACUUUAUUUGUGUAUGUAUGUAAAACAUAAAUAAGAAUAAUUGGCUCUAUUAUAUUAUGUACUUUGUUUGCUGAAAUAAACUCUUUGAAUAUUCACAUUGUAUUCUAAUAAAUGAUUACUUAAUCACUUUUAGUAUAA